GACAAGACUUUUUGUUUUCUUUAUGGAACUGUGCUUUGAAGUUUUGCUUUUUGAUCGUUUGCAUGUUCACACGGCGUUUAAAGAAUGUGGUGGAAUAUUAACUUAAGUGCAGGACUUUGAAACACAAACUUGGAACUCUUUCAGGCUGGUGCGAUUUUCUGAUGACCCAGUAAAUCUGAAGCUCAAGUGUCGCUCCUCAGGUUCUGACGCAGACUACAGACCCACUUCAGAUAAGAAAAGUGGCGUUUCGCAACAUCGGGUCUGCACUCAGCCGUCACUCAGUCAUGGCUCUCCUGUCUGUCCUCACGCCGGUCCUGGCUCUGGUCCUCUGCCUGGUGAUAGGCUUCUUGUUGUUGAGAUCCAAGAAUACGGAGACCACAUCGAGAGCUCCAGGUCAAACCAAAGGGGCCUCCAAAACAGACUUUAGACCGUGGGUGGACCAAGACUUACAGGAUGAUACAGAAAUUACAGCAAGAGGAGGAGAUGAGGAUGAGUGGGUGGAUGGAAACGAAGAGGAGGACCUUGCCCAUGUGCCCUAUUCACCUCCACGUUACCCCGAGGAGACAAUGCUUCAGAGGUCCAAAGAGUUUUACACCCUGAUGAACCAGCGGCGGUCCGUUCGAUUCAUCAGCCCCGAGCCGGUCCCAAGAGGAGUCAUCGAUAACAUCGUCCUUACUGCAGGAACAGCACCAAGCGGAGCCCACACAGAACCCUGGACCUUUGUUGUGGUGUCAGAACCGGAGACAAAGCAUCAGAUCAGACUGAUAGUGGAGAAGGAGGAGGAGGUGAACUACCGCCAGAGGAUGGGGGAUAAGUGGGUCAGUGAUUUGGCCAGACUCAGGACGAAUUGGAUUAAAGAGUAUUUGGAUGUUGCUCCGUACCUGAUCCUCAUCUUUAAGCAGACCUGUGGAAUUCUUCCAAAUGGCAAGAAAAAGACUCAUUAUUACAAUGAAAUUAGUGUUUCCAUAUCCUGUGGGAUGCUGCUGGCUGCUUUACAGAACGCAGGGCUUGUGACCGUCACAACGACACCCCUCAACUGCGGCCCCCAGCUCAGGCUCCUCCUGAAACGGCCGGUGAACGAGAAGCUGCUGAUGCUGCUUCCUGUGGGUUAUCCUGCUGCCGACGCCACCGUGCCCGACUUGAAACGCAAGCAUCUGGAUGAUAUUAUGGUGCACAUCUGAACAAAUUAGUUUUGGGGUAACAUGGCUCCUCUCAUCUGCCAAGACUGAAAUGCUAUUGCCUAUUUUUGGUUGGUGACUGUAGGAAAUGAUUUAUUUCUUCAAAUGUAUUAAAAGGGUGAAUUUAUAUUUUUAGGACACCAACCCUUUGUGUUAAAUAUGUUGUAGAGCUGCACAAAUAUACUGUAUGUGUUGUUUGCCAUUGCUCAGUGAGUUCAUGGUCUGAAAACAUUUUGUUAAUUAUUACCUGUGUGUUAGCAUAAUGUGAACUGCUGCCUUUUUGAUGUAUUUUAUACAAAAAUACAACAGGUAUCUUGUGAUCUAAACCCAAAGCACACCAUAUAGGUAUUUCCCUUUUAAUAACAAAACUUGACAUUUCCUAAUGUCUCCAAAUGAGUUUCAGUGGUUCAGAACUUGUCUCUAUUUUUUGAGCUGAAAGUCAUACAUUGAGGCCUAACAUUUAUUCUAUCUGAGAGUACAAGUAAAUAGAACAUAUAUUAAGUUGAAGGAACUUAUAUAAAUGUAAGCAUGGUAUCACAAUGGUCCCUGUCAUGGUCAUACCGAGGUCGAGGUUGUGUCAGGAAGGGCAUCCAGUGUUAAGCAAUUCCCAAAUUUUCCACACAACUUUAUUCACUGUGGUGAACCCUGCAGAAAAGAGCAGUCAAAAGAAAAAUAACAACUUAAGUCAGCACAAUUGAUUUAGUUUUGUGAGAACUUUAGAAUUGUAUGUUCAAAUAGCAAAAAUAAUAGUUUGCAUACAACAGCAGACAUAUUAACUUGACUUUUUCAUAAAAUCCAGGUUUAAAUGGGUUAGUUUAGAAAUAUUUUAACAUUUUGUUAAAAUCUUUAAGUUGAAAAAUUAAACUUUUAAUACCCUUUGUUUUGUACCUGUAGAAUGUUUUUAGUUUUAUGUGUGAAAAGCUAAAAAAUAAAUAAAUAAAAACACUUGGAGGUA